CCAUAUGGCCCUGGUAGCAUAUGAGGGAGGCUCAAGCAGGGAUGGACAUGUCUCCAAGCUCUCAUCCGUUGACUUCUCCCUAUCUUCUCUCUUUCUUAAUUUCUCCUAAAUUUUCUUUGAUCCAUCUCCAUAUAUACUUACAUGAGUUCCAAUUCUUCCAGGGGGUGGAGCAAGAGAUGCUCUUGCUAUCCCAUGGCGGUGGCGGCGCGGCGGCGGCUGCCUCGGACGACGUGCUCGCCUACCAUGUCGGGGUGCUAAGGGACAAGGUGCAGCAGCUGGAGCCGCUGGUCGGCAUGGUCGUCGUCUCCCCCGCCGCGCCGCACGGCCAGCUCCGGCGCGACGCGGCGGCGAUGGCGGCGUCGAGCGCCUGCUCCGUCCUGCAGGAGAUAACUGCCGCCGCCUCCGCCGUGGCGCACCGGCUGGAGCAGGCCAACGCCGCCUCCUCCGCCUCCUUCAGGCGAGGAGUGGCUUUCGCCGACGACGCACACGCCGCCGGUGGCGUGCAGAUGUUCGCGGCGGGCGCGCACGGCGGCGGCCAAGGCGGUGAUGACGAAGCCGGCGCCUCGCUGUUCCACCACCACGGGCCGCCGGCCGUCGGCGCGCCCACCGUGUUCCGCGCCGGCGCCACGACGACGGCGGCCGCGUCGAGCAGCGGCGGCGGAGACGACGACGGCGACGGCGACGGCGAGGUGGACGUGGUGGAGCUGGAGGCGUCGUACCUGCUGGCGAGGUACACGCACUACUGCCAGGUGUGCGGGAAGGGGUUCAAGCGCGACGCCAACCUGCGGAUGCACAUGCGCGCGCACGGCGACGAGUACAAGACGGCGGCGGCGCUGACGAGCACCGGCGCCGGCAUGAGGGCGGCGGCGAGGCGGUGCAGCUACUCGUGCCCCGCGGAGGGGUGCCGGUGGAACAGGCGGCACCCGCGGUUCCAGGCGCUGAAGUCGGUGGUGUGCGCGAAGAACCAUUACCGGCGGAGCCACUGCCCGAAGAUGUACGUGUGCGGGCGGUGCGGCGGCAAGCAGUUCGCCGUGCUCUCCGACCUCCGCACCCACGAGAAGCACUGCGGCGAGCUCCGAUGGCUCUGCUCCUGCGGCACCUUCUUCUCCCGCAAGGACAAGCUCAUGGGCCACGUCGCCCUCUUCGCCGCCGGCCACGCCCCCGUGCCCGUCGCGCCGGAGGCGUCGCCGUCGACGACGACCACCGGCACCACGACGGACAGAUCACGUACGGGAUUGAUUGAUUAAUCAACAAUAUAUUGCCUGUGAAAUCA